CUGCCCUUUCCCCUUAUGAUGUGCGGCCUCUCCCGCAUUCUCCGCUGUGCUCGCGAUCCCGCGUCACUCUGACCUCCAACUGCUGCCACUGCCUCGCUGGAGGUGAACAAAAGGUCGCUGAAGAAGCAAAGGGUCCGGCAAUCCGAUCUCGUCCGCCAUGUCAGCCAUACCAUAUCCCCCGGUAGCCCCCGCCCUGGAGCGAUCGGAGCCUGUGUUGAGCCUGCUCGGCAAGGCCAGCGGAGACCAGCAAGACCUGGUGGAAUCCGCCCUGGAACAGUCGGUGCUUCCAGCUCAACAUGCUCUCUCGACCUUCGAACUCGUCGUCACUACCAAUGCCCCCAUCCUCGAAUCCCUCCUUCUACAGACUCCUACCGAUUCUAUCCUCAAGCUAUAUCACACCUCCCGCUACCUCCGCUCGUUUCUCCGCUCCUACCCGACGGCUUGGAAGUACCUGUCGUUCCGGCUGUUGUAUCCCUCGGGCACACCCCCGCCCCUCCGCGUCGUCCUCACCGGAUCCUCCGAGAUCCUUUCCCCACGCCAGUCGCGCCCGUAUGCUCUCGACCAGCUGUUGAUGAACGUGGUGGUUCCGUUCAGUCCGUGUUUGCGCAGUCUGGAGUUGGAUAACACGGCUGUCUCGGGGCAGAUCCUCAUUUCAACGGUGCUACAUUCUCGGCGCGAGACCCUGGAGCACCUCUCGGUUCGAGGCUGCAAGAAUGUAUCGUUAAAGUAUCAUAUCAUCCCGUACCUGACCAUGUUUGGCCUUCAGUACGAUGUCAAUAUGGAACAGAAUAUUGGGAGCUCACCCGCUACAAAGCAUCUCGCGCUGAAAAGCCUAUAUACGUAUCGAUGUCGACAUCAUCGACGUCGACCAUACCUGACCUCGUCCCUGUCGCGAAAAGACUCCGACUCGGAACCGACUCAUGAGCUGGUGAACCUCUGCCAUAAGCUGGGCAUCUGGACGGAUACCGCGUGGUGCUCGACCCCGGCAGGGAGAUGUUUCCGGAGACGGGGCUACGUGUCGAUGCGGGUUCCGCAGGGGUCGGCCGAGGUAUGGGUUGUCUUUGAUCGGCUGUGGAGGUCGAAGAAUUGGAUCGGUCCAGUCGACCCGGCCAGCCGCCCGGUCCAGCGGGAUGCGAAGCUGUGGGAACACAGCGAGACCGGCUACUACGGCGAGGCUCUGGGAACGGGAGAAGGACGAGACCCUGGUGAGGGCAAGAUGGUCCCGGCCCAUCUACGUCGGAGUCAUGCCCAAUUCAUCGAGAAAGUCCGUUGUGAUAAUUGCUGCGAGGUGAUCCCGGAGAGGUGCGAGCAAUGCAGCAUACUGAUGCACUGUGUCGGAUGUCGAAAGACUCUGUGUGCUAGCUGCGCUUAUGAACGGCCAUAUCUGCACUGCCAGUCCCGGUCGGGCUCAUCUCCGGACAGUUCCUUCUGGUGGGCCCCAGGAGCUACCAUGUCGCCGUGUUCGAUGCAAGAUCCGGUCGAGCAUAGUGAGACUACUGUGACGAAUAGUGUCGCACCAUCCUAUCCUGCUCUCACGUUCCAUUGGUGCUGUACAGAGCCCAUCUUCUCGGGCGGUGGUGGCAUCAGUAUCGGCACACCGAACCGCGAUGUGGACCAAGUACGAGCGGUGCCUCUGCCCCGUGGACAGGGCUGGGAGGACCUGGAGUACUCGGCGCAGGAAUGGAGCAAGACGUUCCCCAAGGAUGCCUAUGGAGACCCGCGGAAACCCGACUACACGCUGGAAACCGGCCAUAUUGCCAUGAUGCGGUGGCUGCUUGGUCCGCCCGACCGACAGCCUGCCGCAUGUCCACGCAAUCUGUGCCAGGACUGCUACGACACGCCCCAGUGGAAGGUGCACUGCAAGAGCUGCUCGAAGCCGUUGUGCAUUGAGCAUGAUCUACGGGGCCUCCGCUUGAGAAUCUGCGGGUAUAAGGAUCUGACGGUGGAGAAGAAUGCUAUUCAGAAUUCCUCCGAGACUAGCUCUCGUGGGGCCGGGUCGCGGAUGCCAUAUAAUCAUUCUGUGCCUGAGUUCGAGCUGCCAUAUCGGACGCAGCGGAUUCUCGAUUCGACCACGAGCAGCUUCACCGAAGACAACCAUGACGGAUUCGGCGAGGCGAGUAGCACGUUACAUGAGCACCGACCCACUCCGUUGAUCCAUCGCCGUUCCCGCAGUCUGUCGAUCUCCAACUCAAACCGCUCUCGGUCCUCGUCCUCCCCUUCGUCCGUCUACUGUGACUCGCCGUCGGCGCAGCCGAAAUGGCAAGGGUGCCAAUCAUUCUUUUGUCCGCAGUAUCGGGCGGCGGGCGACCAGCGCCAGCGUUGUCCGAGCGUGCUGCGCGAAUGUACCGGCUGCCAUGUGUACGUGUGCGAGGACUGCACGUCGGCCCACCCGCCGUGCAACUGCUCGUACUGUGAAGUCAACUACGGGUGCCCGGAGUGCCUGAAGGUUCGGGAGCAGGACGGGACAUGCCGCCGGCCGGCAGAAGAAAAGGCACGUCAGGAGCGCAAGUUCAAGGAGGACCUGCGUCUGCUGGAGGGGAUUGUCGAGAAGAAGCUCGCGAACGAGAUGGCCGAAUUUGCGGGACAGUUCUUCGACGCUGUUGAGGGGGUGCGGGGAGAACGCGGAGAGGUUGAACAUAUUGAAGAAGCAUCGACAUAUCCGGAAGACGGAAUGGAUGAGGCGGACCUGCUGGCGGAGGAAACAUUAACGGACAGUACUGAAUGAUGGGCGGAUAUCUACGGGCGUCGGAAAAGGAAGGGUGGGAUUUCGGAGUUUAUUUAUUCUAUCGGAGGCAUGCAGAUAUUAGCAGAUAUUACGAUCACGAUGCGCCGGGCGCUGGAUCUGUCUACUGGAUGGACAGUACUGUGAUAAUUCCUGCGUUGCAGGUAUAAGAUAAGAUGAAUUCAAUAUAUGCAAAUACCCAGUAUGUAAUAGUAGAU